GUAUAUGCCACGUUAGAGCAAACCACUUAUAAAAGCCGCGACACACGCAUGUCUGGCACUGCAGAGUCGGUGUUAGCGAGAGGAUUCAAGAUGCGGUGCUUGGUGGUAGCUUCUCUGCUCGUGGCGCUGACGUCAGCUGCGUCCGAGGCAGACCUAGAUGCGUGGGCCCGGUUCAAGGCCGAGCACGGCAAGCAGUACGCCACUGCAGAGGACGAGGCGGCCCGACUGCAGACGUUCCUGGAGCGGAAGGAAGAGGUCGAGAGCCACAACCGCCUGUACGAGCAGGGCCUCACCACCUACUGGAUGGGCCUCAACCACCUGUCCGACCUGACGCACGAGGAGAUCAAGAGGCGGCACAGCGGCGGCGCGCGCAAGACGGUGGUGGCGGCUGCGGCGGCGGCAGGAGGCGGCUCCAAGGCCGGCAGCCUGCCUGCUCACGUGGACUGGCGCCAGCACAACCUGGUCACGCCUCCCAAGACCCAGGGCUUGUGCGGCGGCUGCUGGGCCUUCUCCACGACGGGAGCCGUGGAGGGACAGAUCGCCAAGAAGACCGGCAAACUGUACUCGUUCAGCGAGCAGCAGCUCAUCGACUGCACGGGAACCAUGAACUGCGCUAACGGCGGCUGGAUGACCGUCGCCUACGAGUACAUCAGGAAGGCAGGCGGCAUUGAGACCGAGCAGGAGUACCCCUUCACCGGCAAGGACGGGCAGAAGUGCAAGUUCAAGAAGAGCCUCGCCAAGGGCUGGGUGAAGGGUAUCGUGGACCUGCCCUCCGGAGAUGAGCACCGCCUGGCGCUGGCCGUCAGCGAGGUGGGGCCUAUCGCCGCCGGCAUGGACGCCAGCGCCUCCUCCUUCGACAACUACGCCGGAGGCAUCUACAACGAGCCCAAGUGCAGCAACACCACCAUGGACCACGGCGUGCUAAUCGUGGGCUACGGCAGUGAGAACGGCCACGACUACUGGAUCGUGAAGAACUCUUGGGGGCCCAAGUACGGCGAGAAGGGCUACAUCCGCAUAGCGCGCAACAAACACAACAAGUGCGCUCUGGCCACGGCUGCCAACUACCCCACCGCCUAGAGCGCUAUGUACUCGCCUCAGUGUACCCUCCGUGGCAGCAAUAAAUCCCGAGGUGCUUUCUGGA